GCCGCCCGCCCGGGCCCCGCGCGGUGCCCCCCGGCAGGUAGAGCCCGGUGGGGCCACGGCAGCUCCCGCUGCUCCUGCCCUUCUGGAGCCGAGAGACCCGUCCCUCCUGCCGACCUCCGCAGCACCUGCACCUCUCUGCAUAAAUACAUCCAAGAAGAGGCUUUGCGGUGCAACCACCUUAUCCCAAACUCCAAGCAAAGGACUGCCGGGAGCAGCGACUCGCUGAGUGGAGGAAACUUUUUGCCAAACUUUUUUCUAGUGCUUUUCCUUCGCUUUUUAACCCCUUGAGUUACUCAGCACCAGCCAGGAGGGCCGGGGAGGCUUCUGAAGCAGAGCAACGCUCCCCUCAGGCACCCCAGGGAUUAGAGAAACAGGAGAAAAGGAGGAAUAAGGUUAUUGUGGAGAAGGUGGGAAGAAAAAACUAAGAACUCGCACCUCGAGAAGAAAGGAAGGAAAACACACUCUGCAGCCCCAGGAUGAAGCAGUGAAUGGAAAGAACAAUUUAACUGGAAUCAACAAGUGGGAACUUCUGCACGCCUUGUCCUUCCCCUCCCUUCCCGCUGCAGCCCGCGGGCUUUCACAAACUUAUUGCUGGAAAAGAAAACUUGUCUCGGACCGCGGACCUCGCCUCGCACGGGAUACAGAAGUCACUGGCACUGGCCCCGGCGAUGCUGCCCAGGCCGAGCGCCGUCCUGGCCGUCUGUGCCCUUCAGGGGCUGCUCCUGCUGCACGGUUUUGCCGAGGAAGAGCUUUUCCAGAAACCAGUGCUGAGCAUUGCGAAGGACCACGUUGUCCUCUCACCAGGAGACACCCUAAAAAUAAAAUGCAGGGGAGCCCUGUCUGUGAGCUGGGUGCUGAGGGGGGAGCACCAGGACAGCCCCCGGGUGCACAGGAGCAGCUGCCGCAACGACACCGGGCAGAGCUGCUCCGCCCUCGUCAUCAGGAGGGUGGUGGCCAACGACACCGGGUACCUCACCUGCGCCCACCCGGCCCGGGAGGACCUCACAGCCAGGAUCUAUGUCUUUGUCCAAGACUACAGGAAUCCAUUUGUGGAGAUUCACCCGGAGCAUCCCGAAAUCAUCUACAUUUUGAAUGACAAGAAAACAGUAGUUGUCCCCUGCCGUGUCACCUCGCCAGACAUCAGACCCAGGCUUAUCCAGUAUCCUUCUUCUGCAGAGAUCAACUUCAAGAGGAUGGUGUGGGACCCGAGGAGAGGGUUUGUCAUCCCCUCUCAUGCCUUUGUGUACUCUGGAGUGCUCACAUGCUCUGCCAACAUCAAUGGAACCGUGUUCAACUCCUACUACCUGGCCCAGAGACUGGAGGGCAGAAUACAGAACCUGGCUCUGAAAGCAACUCCCAAAAAACUGCUGGUUGGAGAGACUCUCCAUCUGGAAUGCAAAGCAGAAACCUUCAUCAACGGGCGCAUUGAGUUCAUCUGGACGUGUCCCCGUGGGAGGCACCCCCAUCCUAGGAGAGCAAUGGACCAGAGUGACGUGGUGUACAAAGUUGGCAGCAGCCUGACAAUUGAAAAUGUCACCAUGGAGGAUGGAGGGCUGUACAUCUGCAGGACAUUCAAUGCCACCAGGCUGGAGGCCAAUGUCACAGUUACAGUGUAUGACAAACCCUACAUCACUGUUUCACAUAAGAAAGGGCCUUACUACGAGAUCACCUCGGGACACAAGUCACUGAAACUGGCUGCAAAGGUGGACGCCUUCCCUCGGCCCAUUGUCUCCUGGUACAAGGAUGGCAAACUGAUCAAGGACAACCACACCUGCUACGAGCCAGAUCCACUGAAGUACAGGCUGGGAAUACGGGAUGUGAGACCCAAACAUGCUGGGAACUACACCAUCGUCCUGAGCAACCCCAAAUACGGCCUCUAUAAGAACCUCACCAUGCAGCUGGUGGUGACAGAGAGACCCAAAAUCUUUGAAAAGGAAACUGAUUUUGAUAAGAUCGUGCGGGUGGAAUUAGGAAGCAAACACAAGAUCCAGUGCACUGCAAGUGGGAAUCCUGAGCCCAAGAUCGAGUGGAAGUGGCAGCCCUGUAGCCUCACAGACACAAUGUGCAAACCCGAGGGGCCAAGAGUGGUGGUUCAGGAGAACAUGGUCAUAGGCAACAAGAUCAGAAGCAUUGAGAACAUGCCCAUGCAGGGGGAUAAACCAAAGAUUGUGAGCACCCUCACUGUGGAGAACAGCAGUGCCUCAGGGAUCUAUUCCUGUGUAGCUUCCAACAAGGUCGGCGUGGAGGAGAGGAGCAUCGAGCUCUACGUGUCAGAUGUGCCCUCUGGGUUGCAAACAGCCCCCCAGGUCACAGCCAUCGUGGGCAGCGACGUCCGGCUGACCUGCCGGGCCUCCAGGUACAUCUACACCCACCUGGCCUGGCACCUCCCCUCCCCAGGGGCAGCUUCCAGCGACUCCCUGAUCAGGAAAACUGGCAGAUAUUCCAUCUCCUUGACACUGGUCAUUCCCAACGUCACGAAGGAGCAGAGUGGUCUCUACAAGUGCCGAGCUCAGAACCAGCACAACAGCACGGACACCCUGGAGCAGCACACACAGCUCCUGGUCAGAGCAAAGGCAGCGCCGUUCGUGAUCCAGAACCUCACGGACCUGGAGGUCAACAUCAGCGGGAAGAUCCUGCUGGAGUGCAGGGUCAGCGGGACCCCAGAGCCACAGGUGACGUGGAGGAAGAAUGGAUACCCCAUCUCAGCAGCUUCAGGAAUUUCCAUGGAAAAUAACACCCUGGUCAUUGAGAGGGUGAAGAAGGACGACGAGGGGCUCUACGAGUGCCGGGCGUCCAACGAGCUAGGCCAGGACAGCACGUCGGCCUUCAUCAAAAUACAAGGCUCUGAGGAGAAAUCCAACAUCGAAGUGAUCAUUUUAGUGUGCACUGGGCUGGCUGCCACUCUCUUCUGGCUCCUCCUCACCCUCUUCAUCAGGAAACUGAGAAAACCUGAUGCCACAGAUAUUAAGACAGGAUACCUGUCCAUUAUCAUGGAUCCGGAGGAGAUGCCUCUUGACGAGCAGUGCGACCGCCUUCCCUACGACAGCAGCAAGUGGGAGUUCCCAAGGGACAGGCUGAGGCUGGGUAAAACACUGGGUCAUGGUGCUUUUGGGAAGGUGGUGGAGGCGUCUGCUUUUGGCAUUGAUAAAUCUUCAACCUGCAAAACAGUUGCCGUAAAAAUGCUCAAAGCAGAAUGUGCAACUACUAAUGAAUGCAAGGCUUUAAUGUCUGAACUGAAGAUCCUCAUCCAUAUAGGACAUCACCUGAAUGUAGUCAACCUGCUGGGAGCCUGCACCAAAGCUGGAGGUCCUUUAAUGGUCAUAGUGGAAUAUUGCAAAUAUGGAAAUCUGUCCAACUAUUUAAGAGGAAAACGGGGAGAUUUCAUUGCAUGCAAGUCCCAGGAAAACUCUGACCAAGCAGAGAAGAGUCUGGAUGAGUCCAACAGUGACCUGACUGAACUGAUCAAGAGGCGCCUUGAGAGCGUAGCCAGCACAGGCAGCUCUGCCAGCUCAGGAUUUAUUGAAGAUAAGAGUUACAGCGACUCAGAAGAUGAUGAAGAAGAUGCUGAGGAUCUGUACAAGAGGCCCCUGACUUUGGAGGAUCUGAUUUGCUACAGCUUCCAAGUGGCCAAAGGCAUGGAGUUCCUCGCCUCCCGAAAAUGCAUCCACCGGGAUUUGGCAGCAAGGAAUAUCCUGCUCUCCGAGAACAACGUGGUCAAGAUCUGUGACUUUGGCCUGGCCAGGGACAUUUAUAAAGACCCCGACUACGUACGGAAGGGAGAUGCCCGGCUCCCCCUCAAAUGGAUGGCUCCAGAGGCUAUUUUUGACAAGAUUUACACAACGCAGAGUGACGUGUGGUCCUUUGGAGUGCUGCUCUGGGAAAUAUUUUCUCUAGGUGCCUCCCCGUACCCUGGAGUGCAGAUAGAUGAGGAUUUCUGCCGGCGGCUCAAGGAAGGGACCCGGAUGAGAUCCCCAGAGUACUCCACCCCAGAAGUGUACCAGACAAUGCUGGAUUGUUGGCAUGGAGAUCCCACCGAGAGGCCGACGUUCACCGAGCUCGUGGAGCGCCUGGGAGACCUUCUGCAGGCCAGUGUGCAGCAGGAUGGUAAAGACUAUAUUCCACUGAACAUCACCCUGAGUCCCGAUGGAGAAUCCAACCCCAAAACUUGCCCUGUGGAAGAAAACUCGAACCCUGGAGUGAAUCGCUGGAGUGCAGUGGAAACUGGUAACAACAGCAAGAAGAGACCCCUGAGUGUGAAGACAUUUGAUGAGGUGCCAGUGGAAAAGGAGAAAGUGAUGCAUGAGGAGUCGGACAGUGGGAUGGUGCUGACGUCAGAGGAGAUCAAAAGCCCCAAGAGGCUGGAAAUCCGUUCCUGGCCCUACGGGAUCAUGGCUCUGGCGAGGAGAGCUGUCAGCAGGAGCAAGGAGUCUAUCCUCUCUGACCAUGAGGCUGUCAAGUACCAGCCAGCAGUGCAGGUAGAAGAGGACACCAUGGAUUUCACACUGGAAGACUCUGUUCUGCUGCCCAUGGAUCCAAACCUGGAGUGCCACAGCCCACCCCCAGACUACAACUCCGUCAUCCACUACUCGGCCCCCCCGGUGUAACCACCCCUGGCACAGGCUGCACCUCCAGCCCUGCUGCAUCCUCUCGUGUCUCCAGGCCUGCAUGGAAUGGAAGGGAAAUCUCACAGGACAAUGGUUCUGAUGUGAAUAGAAACAUUUGAAGAGCAUCUCCUCUGUUAACUAAAGGCCUAUUGCCAUAUAUGCAGUAAAUGAACAUUCUGUCCAUCAGAAUUGUAGGGAGGAGCUGUAACCCCCAACUCUGCCACUCCUUCCUGGCUGGGGCUGCUCACUGGCAUUUGCAGAUCCACAGGUUCCUUCCUUCACCUUUUACUCCAUGAGAGCCACGUCAAGGUAGUUGUGAACACAGGGUUUGAGCUACUGGCCUGGGGAUUGCUUAGUCCAAGGAUGGAAGGGAUCAGUUAUAAACAGCAGCCAAACACACCAUUGCUUUGGGUUUGGAGAAAAGCCAACAUUGAAGCACUGUUCUUAACUUGGGAUCUUGCCUUCUGUAAAUAUUUCUGAAAUAUUUUGAAAUCCAAGAUACCUUUGUUACAAUUUGAAUUUAAUAAUUUCCACUGCCCACAGGAUACACUCCUGAAAACAGUAUGGCCCAGAGAAAGCUGGUAGUACUCGUGCACCAGGAGGCAGGCUGGUCUUUUGGGCCAUCAGGGCACACAGUGGGCUUAAAUUUGCUUCCCUGGGCUUUCUCCUUGCUCAAACAGCAGUUUUUUAGCAUAGAUGCAAUAGGGAGCCUUGCUGGAGAUGCAUCUGUAGUGAUUGCAAGGCAAAUCACUGCCUUAAAUAUGAACCUUCUUAAGCUUAAGCAGAAUUUCCCAGCUCACGUGCACGUUUGUGUGAAUGUGCACAAAACACUCACUGAGAGCACGAGAGUCACACACAAACACACCCCUUGAGGCACCAGCAGGGCAGCACCAUUUCUCUGUUUCCUUUCUGCACACAGGCUGGUUACUAAAAAGAAGCUAAAAAAAACCAUUUCCUUUGGAUUCUGUGGCAAAUGCCCAACAGUUUGAUCCUGGGAAUACGAGCCCAUGCUAAGCUGCAAGUCUGUGUGCCACACAUUUAUCCCUGGUUGCCUUGCCAAGGUAAACACUGGUAUGAUAUUCAGUGCCCUCUGCAUCUGAGCCCUUCCUGGGUUCAUGGUAAUCCUAUUGCAGCAGGACUGAAAGGAUCACAAAUUGUCCCGUGGGAGGAAUUCACAGCGUGUUUCCCCCGACCCCAAAGCGGCCUGUGGGCAGGUCCCCUGCACACCCCCUGCUCCCCUGUACACCCUGUCCAUGCUCACAGCCCCUUCAAAACCCAGCAGCUAAUCCUUAUCAUUUCACCUGCUCUGUAACAAUCGGAGCUGACCUUAAAAAUUUAGGAAGGGAAAAGUCUCCAGGUUGCAAGAAGAAAAAGCAAGGAUGAGAAAGAUGUUCAUUGACAGUCAGGGCUGUGACCUCCUGAGUUAUAAACCUGGGCUAUAAAUGGCUCCCUGUGCAGUUUCCUCCAAGGUCUGCACAACCCUUCCCUUUUCUUCCUUGAUUUGACUUCAGCAAAAAAGACUUUUUCUUCAGGAGUCAAAGUAGAGGGGGGAAAUCCAACCCCUGCAAAACGAUUCUGUUACCUUGGCAAAGACAGCUGAACACCCCCCACAGCAGCCAGGGAGCUUUGCUGGGUGAGUGGUUACAUGGGAUAUGCUGAAGGAAUCACAAACAAGCCUCAGGUAUCAGCAAAGGGGAAAACAAGUCUCCAAAGCCCAGCCCACGUUAACUGUGAACGCUCAGGCACCUGAAGGGUGGGCUCUGGGGAGCUGCUCUGCUCCUUCUCCUUGGCUUGCAGUCAGUGCAGUAAGGAAAUCACCUGCAGUCCCCCAGGAGCCCCCUGCUCACAGUGCACCUGCCAGGUGGGGUGGGCUCUACUUGCUUUGGGGUCAUUUUGCACUGCUUUGUAUUUUGGCACCUGUGUAUUAAGUAGAGCUGGUUGUAUAAGUGAAGAAACUACUGGGAAGGAAUUCAUCUGAUGAGCCCCAGAAAGCUCAUUGGAUCUGUUUCUCAUUGAACACUAAUUAUCUACAGCUCUGAUCAAGUAAUCAACCACUUCUUAUGGAAAUAAUUUAUUCAUGAGACAAAAGGAAAGGAGGUACAGCCAGUUCGUGUGGCUGUGCUGUUGGUGGCGUCACAGUGAGGUGUUUGUUACUGCAGGGUAAGAACACAACGUUUAUAAUCCUUCACUUGCAAACUUUAAAAUAAGCACAUGUAGAGCAAAACCUGCCUGUUUUUGAUGAAGAAUGGGAAGCACUUCUGGGAGGACUAUGUCACCUUCCCAGUCUCUGACGGAGGAACUGUCGGGGUUUCUGGUGACCUUGCUGAGCCCAGAGGAGCAAGGAGCUUGUUUGGACCCACAUGGAGCGUGGGGAGGUCCUUUGUGGCUCUCAGGAACCACAUCAGCCCUUCUGCAUCACCUGGAGGGGGUGACACAGAGCAGAGAAUCUUUUAAAACCCUGCUUGCACUGACAGCCCCUCAGAUCUGUGGGCUCCUCUGCAGUGGCAGGAUCAAACACGUCUGGAGCAGGACUGACAUCUGCAUCCCCCUCCAAGAGCCCUGGCAGUGAAGGGACUGAACUUGGGCAGCUGUUUCCAGUGUUUAUUUUGAGUGGAAGAUUUUUUUCCUCAUUAUAGUAAAUGUAACAAGCAAAAGUAUUGCCUGAAAAGUAUUAUUGAACAUAUGUCUUCUAUUUUAUUUACUAAUAUUUUGUUUGUCCUUUUUCUCUCCUCCCUUAAUUUAAUUAUUGUUCUUUUCUUCCAACGAUGUAUAUAGUGUACCCACUAGCAACAAAUAUAGUGAUUCAUUUAUAUGGUAAAAUGUGUAACAUUUUAGUCCAAAGAGAUACCCAGACAUAACAGAGUUAAGUAUUGUUACUAAACAUUUCACUAACGCUUGCAGGCCAGGCUCCAGUUUACAGUGCCCCACCAGUGCCAUUUCAGAGCAGUUCUCUUGGCUGGGGGUGUCUCUGCCUCUCAUUUGUUCUCCACAUUAUUUAGUUUCAGUUAGGAAACAGGGAUCUGGAGGAAUUUGGCAGGUUUAUCUCAUUCCUGGAAGUGUCACCACGCAGCUCCUGUUGUAGGUGAGGAGUUUCCAGUGCCUCAGUUUUAACUGAAGGGUGGUGUAGUGGCCAGAGGGUCAGAAGGGGCAAGUUGUUUAACUGAUGUGAUGUUUAUUGUAUUUUUGGACUUCUCAGGGAUUCUCACUCACUCCUGUCUGGGCUGGCAGAGCUCAGUGUAUCUGCAGUAACAUGGACCUUGGUUUCCUCUGGUGGUGCUCACUCCUGGGUUUGUGCUCUUGGAACCCCAGAGAAAGAGGGCAAAGGAGCUCAGAGCUCACCAGAACUGUGUUGUCUUCUCUCCAACAAUCCCCUGCCAUGUGGGUGUCCAAGGAGAAGUGCCUUCAGCUGCAUGUUAUUGUUCAGGCUGGGGUUUGGAACAGCUUGCUUUCCUGUCCCCUCUUUUCUCUAUUUCAUCUGUUCCUUGGGAUGUGCUCUCCCAGGCCCUCUGGGUUGCUUUGCUCUGCCUUUGCAGUGAGGUCAGCUAUGGGAUCAUUUCACUCUGCUCUUUCCCGGGUGUUCUGUGCUUGCAGAGGCUGAUCUAGAUAAUCUAAAAUAAGCUUUUUUCACAUUGAAUUUUUUUCAAUAUAUAGCCAAGGAAAACUAGUUUAUCUUAGUUUGUCUGGAAGCCUCUUUGUGUCCUUCCCUGAUUUUUCAAUAUUGGUGUCUGGAGCAAAAUGAAGGUCGGUGACUGUGUGAAUCUGGUUGUUCUCUGAGUCAUUUCCUCAAACAGUGAGGUUUCUUAAGGUUCUUCCAAGUCAUCCUCAUAGGAAGGGGGUCCUAACCAGGAUGUGGGCCCACAGUAUCUGCUCAGAGUAUCAAGGAAGGUCAGAUAAAAACCCAAAGUCUGAGUAAUGGUCUCGAACGAAGCCACUGAAAGCUGAAGGUGAACACAUUUAAGCCUAAACUGCUCUGCUUGAUGUCCCACCAACACCAGCCCUGCUCCUGGUCCCCUGCCUGGCAAAGGCCAAGGGUAUCCCAGAGUGUCCAGGCACUCCUCUCCUUACACCCUGCUGGGAUGGCAGCGGCCGUGGGACCCUGGAGCUGGCCAGUCAAGGUCUGACUGAUCUCCCCAGUGAUCCUCCACUGGAGCACUGUCCUGUCUCAUUUUCAAGUUGGAUCUGGGAUGUGGGCUGGGGACCGUGUCCCUGUCUCCCAUCAGGAGCUGUUUGCAGGAAACAGCACCCCCAAAUAGCUGCAGAACAGGGUAAAGCACUGUUGGGUUCUCCUGAAUGCAGGAGUUACCUGGGAUCAGGGUCGUACCCAGGGAUCAGCCUGGGAUUUUUUUUCUUACCAUACAGUGAAUGGAAAACUCAGAAAGGAGCAAUAAUUCUUUUGUCUCUCCCUGCAAGUGUAAUGGCCAAACCCUGGGAUCCACUGUCCUGGGUUUGCACCACAUCACAAAACCCAGCAGUUGUGACACCAGCACCACCUCGCACAAGGGAAGUGCAGGAGGAGUUUGGGCUUUGGCCCUCAGAGUCAGUCUCUGUACAGGGGUUGGCCCAAGCACUGGUUGGUUUGUUUGGCAUUUAUUCUUUCCAUAUUAUGUUAAAAUAAGACAGAAAUCUUGCUGAGUUGGGUCAUCUGGGAUAUGAUGUGAUGCCACGAGGGCCGUGGUUGCAGGAAGACCAGUGUGGGAUCAGCUGAGCAGUGCCCUGUUCUCCUGCCUAAUCCUCCUGUGCCACCAGAGCUGGCACAUCCUUAUUACUCAAUUCAUUUCUCCUUAGACCUUGAGUUGUCAAAGCAGCUAAAGAAAACUGGGAAAAGCCAGUAACUUGGGACUUACAGGAAUAAACCAAGUGCCAUGUAAUCCUCCAACCACAAGGAAUGUUUGUCUGCCAUGUUCCUGUCUGUCUGAAGAAUGUAUGCACUGAAAACAACGCUUUCUUAUGUAGUCAAAAUUGUACUGUAUCUAUUAACCAAAAAAAUAAAAAGGAUUCUAUAUUUAUACA